AAAAGUGUGGAAUUCCUGCCCGUUCUGGUUUACAGUGGGAAUGACAGAAUGGGAAUAGCAGGAAAAAAAUGAAAAAAGCGACUUAGCUCAAAUACAAUAUCUCUUUUGGAUUAUUCGCGAGCAGAACCCUGUAAUUCAUAUUAUUUACUGCUGCAGUCAGCAUGGCGGAGGGCUUGGAAGCGGCGAGUCCUGUUGACUGGAAGGAGAGGUGCACCACCCUGGAGACCCAGCUCCUCAAGUUCAGGAUCCAGGCCAGCAAGAUCCGCGAGCUGCUCGCCGAAAAGAUGCAGCAGCUGGAGAGGCAGGUUCUGGAUGCUGAUCGGAGAGCUGAGAAGGCCAGUCAGCAGGUCCAGGUGAUGGAGGAGAAGCUGAAGGCAGCCAACAUUCAAACCAGCGAGUCAGAGACUCGGCUGUAUAAGAGGAGCCAGGACCUGGAGACCCUGGUGCAGGAGAAGGAUGACAUCAUCCAGGGGCUGGAGCAGCAGCUGGACGAGCAGAACCAAAUGAGAUUUCAAGAAGCCAAGAUUGUAGAAGAGAAAGCAACAAAAAUCAAGGAGUGGGUGACACUGAAGCUGCAUGAGCUGGAGCUCGAGAACGAGAACUUGCGCACGAUCAACCAGCGGCAGACUGAGGAGAUCAAGACGCUCCAGAGGCAGCUUCGGGAGUAUGUAACUCAAGCCAAAAACCCCCAGGUCAUGACUGGACCAGAACAAGGGCACCGGGCCACCAAUCAGGAGACUGCAGGGUCGGAGGGGAGCGUGGCAGCAGAGAAAGAAGCCAGUAAAGAUUCCGAAGCUCAGGGGGGUCGAGAUGACAGAAAGAGCCAGAGACCUGUACUGAAAGGGGGGAGAAAGGGCUGGGGGGGUGAGGCAGCCUGCGGGGGGGUGCUGAGUGAGGGCAGCUCUGAUGAGGAGGGGGAGGGAGGGAGGGGGCGGGAGAGACCCAAGUCUCGCUGCGUGUCGUCUGCGCUCUCCAGUGCUGUCUCUGAUGGGCGCUACAGCCGGGCUGGGAGCGAGGCCUACCUGACCGCAUCGGACGACAGCAGUUCUCUAUUCGACGAGGACAUGCAGCGGGCUGACCCCAAAGGGGUGUACCAGCUCCCCCAGAUAGACCACCUGAGAGACAGCACGGCUGCGGGCUGCCUGGGGAAGAAGAGGCCCGAGCGAGACAGCUCUUCGGAGGAGCUGAGUAAGAAGUUCCAGUCCCAGCGCCUCGACUCGUCAUCUUCCUCCAGCGAAGCCAACACCCCCAGCCCCAUCCAGACCCCCGCACUCACCCCCAAACACCCCACUCUGGAGACCAGCCCCCUCUCCCUCCCACACUCCCUCAGCGGGCUGGUCCCGCCCAGGCUGCGCACCCCCACCGUGUUCAGCAUCAGCGUGGCCCUGGCCAAGAAGCACCUGAGCCAGCCGCAACUCAGCUCUGACCGGCAGUUCGACCGCAACCGCAACGCCAUCAGCAUGGUGCGGCCGCUCUGGCAGCAGGAUGACAUGCAGCUGGAGGAGCGAGCCCAGCCGGGGGGCUCCAAGCCCGGCCUGGAUGAAGGAGUCUUCUCCUACGACUCCUCCGAGGAGCUGGAGGGAGGGGCAGAGCUCCUGGGGAGAGCACAGGGCAGCAAGCCGCCCACCCCCCCUCUGCACAGGUUUCCUUCCUGGGAAAGCAGAAUUUACGCGGUAGCCAAAUCUGGGAUCAGGCUGUCUGAAGCCACAUGUUCUGAGCUUGCCAACAAAAGCUCUGGGUCUCUCUCUUCAUACUCCACCUCUGGGUCGUACACCUCUCUGCUAUACAAGAACAUGACCACUCCAGUCUACACCGCACUCAAAGGGAAAGCCACCCAGCUGAGCAGCAGCCCGUUCUCUGACGAGUCGUCAGGCUCCGAGGAGGAGGAGAGCUCCCACUCCAGCACCAGGACCUCCGGCUCAGACUCCAGGAAGGGCAGCAGGACAGGGAGCCCCCGUGCCAUAAAGAGAGGGGUGUCCAUGUCAUCGAUGACCUCAGAGAGCGACUACGCCAUCCCUCCUGAUGCCUACUCUACCGACACGGAAUGCUCGGAGCCAGAGCAGAAACUGCCCAAGACCUGCUCCUCCUCCAGCGACAACGGCAAGAAUGAGCCUUUGGAAAAAUCUGGCUACUUGUUGAAGAUGGGAGGGAAAGUGAAGACCUGGAAAAGACGCUGGUUUGUCCUGAAAGGAGGUGAACUGCUGUACUACAAGUCACCAAGUGACGUGAUCAGAAAGCCGCAGGGGCAGAUUGAGCUGAGCGCCUCCAGCAGUAUAGUCCGCGGGGACGGGAAGCAAACCAUUCAGAUGAUUACUGAGAAGCGAGUUUAUUACCUGACUGCUGAUUCCCCCAAUAUCCUGGAGGAGUGGAUCCACGUGCUGCAGAACGUACUGCGAGUGCAGGCCGCCAGCCCGCUCUUCACACAGCCCGAGGCCAAGCCGGCCAUGAAGGGGCUGCUCACCAAGGUGAAGCACGGAUACUCCAAGCGGGUGUGGUGCACACUCAUUGGGAAAACAUUGUACUAUUUCCGAGGUCAGGAAGACAAGUUCCCGCUGGGUCAGAUCAAGCUGUGGGAGGCCCGGGUGGAGGAGGUUGACCGGUCCUGUGACUCGGACGAAGACUACGAGACCAGUGGCCGCAGUCUGCUGUCCACUCACUACACCAUCGCCAUCCAGCCCAAGGAGCAGGGCCCCACCUACCUCCUCAUUGGCUCCAAGCACGAGAAGGACACCUGGCUGUACCACAUGACUGUUGCUGCGGGCAGCACGACCGUCGCAGUGGGCACGGAGUUCGAGCAGCUGGUGGGGAAGCUGCUCAACGUGGAUGGAGACCCUGGCUCUCAGAUCUGGAAGCACCCCAGCCUGUGUUGUAGUAAAGAGGGCAUCACCUCCCCCCUCACCACCCUGCCCUCAGAGGCACUGCAGACCGAGGCCAUCAAACUCUUCAAGACAUGUCAGCUAUUCAUUAAUGUUGCGAUCGACGCCCCUGCCAUCGACUACCACGUGUCCCUGGCACAGAGCGCCCUGCAGGUGUGCCUCACCCACCCCGAGCUACAGAACGAAAUCUACUGCCAGCUCAUCAAGCAGAGCCGCAAGAGGCAGCCCCCGGGCGAGGCCGGGCCCAUGCAGGGCUGGCAGCUGCUCGCUCUCUGUGUGGGGCUCUUCCUGCCUCAGCACCCCUUCCUGUGGCUCCUGAAACUGCACCUCAAGAGGCAUGGGGACUCCAGGACAGAGAUUGGGAAGUACGUUAUCUACUGCCAGCGCUGUGUGGAGCGCACUCAGCAGAAGGGGGAGCGCAAGGCCAAGCCGUCCCGCAUGGAGAUCCUGUCCAUCCUGCUGAGGAACCCCUACCAUCACUCCCUGCCCUUCAGCAUCCCCGUGCACUUCCUCAACAACACCUACCAGGUGGUGGGGUUCGAUGCCAGCACCACGGUGGAGGAGUUCCUGAGCACAUUGAACCAGGACACUGGCAUGAGGAGACCCACACAGUCCGGCUUCGCUCUCUUUACUGACGACCCCUCUGGCAGGGAUCAGGAGCACUGUCUGCAGGGCAGCAUCAAGAUCUGCGAUAUCAUCUCUAAAUGGGAGCAGGCCUCCAAAGAGCAGCAUCCGGGCAAGUUUGAGAACACAAGGACAGUGCGACUCACCUACAAAAACAGGUUGUAUUUCUCUGUCCAGGCUCGUGGAGAGACUGACCGGGAGAGGCUGCUGCUCAUGUACCAGACCAACGAGGAGAUCCUUCAGGGACAGUUCCCUGUCAACAAGGAGCUGGCUCUGGAGAUGGCAGCGCUGCUGGCACAGGUGGAGUUCGGAGACUUCGAGCGACCGUUCUCCACGCCGGCAGGUCAGGUGACUGCCCAGUCCAAAUCCAACCAGAGUCUGAAGCAGGUUCUGGAGAGGUUCUACCCCAAGCAGUACCGGCAGGGCUGCUCCGAGGACCAGCUCAGGCAGCUCCGGCAAAGGCUGUCAGCGAGGUGGAUGUCUCUGAGGGGCCGCACCUCCUCGGACUGCAUUCGGAUCUACCUGACCGUGGCCAGGAAGUGGCCCUUCUAUGGGGCUCGGCUCUUUGCAGCAAAGCCCAUCACCCCCUCGCCCUUCCCGGAUGCUCCGGUCAGGCUGGCAGUGCACGAGGACGGGAUCAGUGUGCUGGAGUACAGCUCCAUGAGGCUGCUGGUGUCAUACAGGCCCAGGAAUCUGAUGACGUUCGGAGGCUGCCGCGAUGACUUCAUGCUGGUGGUGGGUCAGUCCAGCGGCAACGGUCACCCCAAGGACAAGCCCACAGAGAAGCACCUGUUUGCCAUGCCCAAGCCCAAGAUUCUGGAGAUGACCCUGCUGAUUGCCAGCUACAUCAACAGUGUCCACCAGCAGAAAGCCGCUGCCCAUCACCUCUCCGCCCCGGCCUUGCUCUCCGCCCCACCGACUGGACCCAGGAGCAGGGAGAUGGGGAGCGAGCCCCUGCUGUCCCUUAACAGACCCACCAAGGGACCCACCCUUCUGUGAGCCCAGGGAGCCUGAACCACUCCUUGACUGAGCUUGCUCCACAGCUGACCAGAGAAAGCAGCAGCCUCCAAAUCAUUAGACCCGCACUGAACAAGGGGCUUGUCCUACUGUGAAAGGAGCAGCUCCCCCUGCUGGCUGACCCUGUCCAUCUGGCUCCUUGUUAGAUCUUUAGCUCACAGUUUCGAGCAACCUUUACAAAAACCCUGCAGGGCCAUGCCAGUACAUGUUAAAGGGCUAGUGUAUAUAGUCUACAUUUUUUAAUCAUUCAUGUCUUACCUGAUAUGUAUUUAUCAUGUGUAAGUGUCUAUUAUUGCUUACAACAUUAUUUGCUGUGUUUAUUAACUGUUCCAGCAAAAAGAAAUGCUUCUGAAAAGACUUCACAAGGCUGAUUUUGGGGAAGCAUAUCAAUGUUGCACAGGCUUCAAUGUGCAAUGCUCACAGGCAUAUCAGUGUUGCACAGGCUUCAAUUUGCAAUGCUUCCCAGCUUGUCAGUGUUGCACAGGCUUCAAUGUGCAAUGCUCCACACAUGGGCUUUCACACCACAGUAUGCCUUUAAAAUAUUUUGCUGGAAUAGAUAGUAAGCAUGGCAAAAUAUGAUUUAAGAAGAAAUCAUACAGAACACACAACAGGAUAUUAAAUAUUAGAAAACGUGUUGAUUAUAUAAACUGUCCUUUUAUGGUAAUGACAGCACAUUCUUAAUGACAUUUCAGUGAUGGUCAGCACGAUCUUUUAUAUGCACUGGAACGCAAUACAGCUAUGAAAUGCAUAUUAAGGGCAAGGACCACCCCUUUAGACUGGACUGGGGGAAGGCUGGGUUAAUUGAAAGCAUUGCUUUAUUCAGUACAUUGUGUUGUUAAGAUUGUCUCCUUUGUUUUAAGCUGUGCUGGGGCAUUUGUGAACCAGCCAUUCAAGAGCCUUGGAAAGAUGUGUUCAAAUGACCAGCUACUGGAAACAAUAACUACUGGAACUUCAAAGUGUUUUUAAUAUAAUAUAACAAUUGUAGUAGGCAAAAAAAAUAAUAAAAAAAAUAAAUAAUUGGAUUUUAAUAUAAAUGUAAAUGUGUAAAUAUAAAAUAAUUUGAGCUGCAGUCAGAACUCUUAGAACAGGGGUAACUUGAGAUGGAACUGACUCUGCCUAUGCAAUUAUGUACGUGGUAUAUCUGAUUUCCAAAACGAGUAAAUGAUUAUUCCCUUGGGUGUGCUGGUCCUUAAACAGCUAGCUAACUGUAAACCAGCAUGUUUCUGUUGACACUCUCCAUAUAAACCAUUCCUAAACAGAGGCUGCAGGAUUUGAAACAUUCUCCCCCAGUAAAGGCUCUUACAGUGCAAGUUUACUGUGUUAAACCUUAUAAGGGUGCCCCUAUUUAAAGAAGUCAGUUCUGUAUAGUUUUUCACAACACACUUUAGUUUUUAAAAUGUACUGUGGAAACAGUUUAGCAGGGGAGUAUUAUUGACCCACAACAUAUAAAAGACUGCUUUCAUUGCUCUGCUGUGCAGAUCUUAUUCACACUGUGAUAAAGCAAUUAUUAUUAUUAUUAUUAUUAUUAUUAUUAUUAUUUAUUAUUAUUAUUAUCAAAUUCCUGUGGAUCAGAUCUAGAAACAAAUUAGUUUUUUUUUUAUUUGAACUAACAGUAGAGGAGGCACUUUUGUAAUUACAGUUUAACAUCAUCAUUGCAUUUUGUUACUUAUUCUUUAUCAGUGUUGCCCUGUUUUCACACAAGGAAUUGAUUCAGGGUUGAACGAUAUGUUAUUAUGCAUAAUUACAAUGUACCUAACAUAGAAAUCUUUUUGCAUGGCAUGUAAGUGCACAAUUGUAUCAGAAAAGGGUUCUGGUUAGGUUUAGGAUUGGGGU